AUGGCGCUGGCCCUGUGGGUUUUCCUUCUGCUGGACUCUGCUUACGUGGUGUCGGCCAACAUCUUCGAAUACCAAGUGGACGCCCAGCCCCUUCGUCCCUGCGAGCUGCAGAGGGACAGAGCCUUUCAGAAGCGAGCGGACUACGUUCCCCAGUGUGCCGAAGACGGCAACUUCCAGACCAUCCAGUGCAGGAGUGACGGCCGCUCCUGCUGGUGUGUGGAUGCCGAUGGCAGGGAGGUGCCUGGCAGCAGGCAGCCUGGGCGGCCUGUGGCGUGUCUGUCCUUCUGCCAGCUUCAGAAGCAGCAAGUCUUGCUGAGUGGCUACCUCAAUGGCACGGCUGCCUCCUACCUCCCUCAGUGUCAGGAUUCGGGGGCGUACGCGCCCGUGCAGUGUGACGUGUGGCGGGAGCAGUGCUGGUGUGUGGACACGGAAGGGAUGGAGGUGUAUGGCACCCGCCAGCUGGGGAGGCCCACAAGGUGUCCAAGAAGCUGUGAGAUAAGAAACCGCCGCCUUCUCCACGGGGUGGGGGACAAGUCGCCACCCCAGUGCUCUCCGGACGGCGGGUUCCUGCCCGUACAGUGCAAGUUCGUCAAUACCACGGACAUGAUGGUUUUCGACCUGGUGAACAGCUACAACAGGUUUCCAGAUGCGUUCGUGACGUUCAGGGCCUUCCGGAGAAGGUUCCCCGAGGUGUCUGGGUACUGCCACUGUGCCGACAGCCAGGGGCGUGAACUGGCUGAGACAGGUGUGGAGCUGUUGCUCGAUGAAAUUUACGACACCAUUUUCGCUGGCCUGGACCUCGCUUCCACCUUCGCCGAAACCACCCUGUACCGGAUAUUGCAGAGACGGUUCCUGGCAGUUCAGCUAGUGCUUUCUGGCAGGUUCCGAUGCCCCACAAAAUGUGAAGUGGAACGGUUUGCAGCAACCAACUUCGGCCACCCCCACGUUCCCAGCUGCCUCCGAAGCGGGGACUAUGAGGCUGCGCAGUGCCAGAGGGAGGGGCCGUGCUGGUGUGUGGAUGCGCAGGGAAAGGAGGUCGCCGGAACUCGGCGGCAGGACCAGCCGCCAUCCUGCGCUGGGGACCAAUCAUGCACCUUGGAGCGGCGGCAGGCCCUGUCCCGACUCCACUUCGGGCCGUCGGGCUCCAUUGGCCCACGCAGCUUCCCCCGGGCUCCUGGGGAAAGGCAGGCCUCUCGGGGAGCAGCUGGCCUGGCCACGCCCUGCCCACCCUGGAUCCAGGAGCUCUUCGUGGACUCUGGGGUCCUCCGCCCCCUGGUCCAAGGGCAGAAUCAGCAGUUCCCGGCCUCAGGGACUCUCCUCAAAGAAGCCAUCCGAAUGCUUUUUCCCUCCCGCGAGCUGGCUCGUCUCGCCCUUCAGUUCACCACCAACCCGAAGCGACUCCAGCAAAACCUCUUUGGAGGGGAGUUUUUGGUGAAUGUUGGCCAGUUUAACUUGUCUGGAGCCCUUGGCACAAGAGGCACCUUUAACUUCAGUCAGUUUUUCCAGCAACUUGGUCUCCCAGGCUUCCGGAACCGGGGAGGACUUGUUGAUUGGGCCACACCCCUCCCUGUGGGGUUGGAUUUGAGUUCUGCCCCGGAGACCCCUGGAGCCACUCAGGAGGGUGGUGCUAUGAAUAAGCCAGUUGUGGGCAGCUUUGGCUUUGAAGUUGACUUACAAGAGAACCAAAAUGCCCUGAGAUCCCUUGCUACUCUCCUGGACCUUCCUGAGUUCCUCCUCUUCCUGCGACAUGCGAUUUCUGUGCCUGAAGACACAGCCAGGGAUUUAGGCGACGUGGUGGAAAUGGUGCUCAGCUCCCAGGGCUGUGAGCAGGUGCCUGGCAGCCUUUUUGUCCCGUCCUGCACGGCAGAGGGAAGCUACGAGGACGUCCAGUGUUAUGCCGGGGAGUGCUGGUGUGUGGACUCCUGGGGCAGGGAGCUGCCCGGCUCGAGGGUCAGAGGCGGGCGGCCCAGGUGCCCCACGGAGUGUGAAAAGCAAAGGGCUCGGAUGCAGAGCCUCUCGCGCAGCCAGCCUGUGGGGUCCAGCCUGUUUGUGCCUUCUUGUACCAGCCAGGGGAACUUCUUGCCUGUCCAGUGCUUCGACUCCAUGUGCUACUGUGUGGACACCGAGGGCCAGGCCAUCCCCGGAACUCAGAGUGGACCUGGGCAAGCCAUGCAAUGCCCCACACCCUGUCAGUUGCAGGCCGAGCAAGCCUUCCUCCGGGCCGUGCGGGCCCUGGCCUCCAAUUCCAGCAAGCCCUCCGCCCUCUCCGAUAUCUACACCCCCCAGUGCGGUGCCCGCGGGCAGUGGCGCCAGGUGCAAUGCGACGGACCCCCGGAGCAGGCCUUCGAGUGGUACGAACGGUGGAGGGCUCACAACAGUGCCAGCCAGGAGCCGGCCGGUACCGAACUGCUCAUGAAGCUCACGAGCUACCGAGAGGCAGCUUCCAAAGGCUUCCAUCUCUUUCUUCAAAGUCUGUAUGAGGCGGGCCAGCAGGGCAUCUUCCCGGAGUUGGCGAGAUACCCUUCUCUCCAAGAUGUCCCGCUGGCAGUGUUGGAAGGGAACCGGACGCAGCCCGGAGGGGGUGUCUUCCUGGAGCCCUACCUCUUCUGGCAGAUGCUCAGCGGCCAGCUCAGCCGGUACCCAGGGCCCUACUCAGACUUCAGCGCCCCUCUGGCACACUUUGACCUUCGGACCUGCUGGUGUGUGGACGAAGCUGGUCAGGAGCUGGAAGGAACCCGGACGGAGCCAAGCAAGGUCCCAGCGUGUCCUGGCUCUUGUGAAGAAGCGAGGCUUCGGGCCCUGCGGUUCCUUAAGGACGCAGAAGAGGUGGUCUCGGCUUCCGACAACUCUUCGUUCCCUCUGGGGGAGAGUUUCCUAGCGGCCAAGGGCGUCCGGCUGACCAAUGAGGAGCUUGCCCUUCCUCCACUCUCCCCACCCCGGGACACCUUCGUGGAGCGGUUUCUGAGUGGGGGCGACUACGCCUGGCGUCUGGCAGCCCAGUCCACCUUCGACUUCUAUGAGAGCCGCCGCCUCUCCCCGGGGGACUCCUCUCCAGUGUCCCUUCCUCGGCCCAGCCCCUAUGUGCCCCGGUGCGACGCCUCUGGAGGCUGGGAGCCCGUACAGUGCCACGCGGGGACUGGGUACUGCUGGUGUGUGGAUGGGAAGGGGCAGUACGUCCCCGCCUCGCUGACAGCCCGCUCCCCCGAGGCCCCGAAGUGCCCCACCACCUGUGAGAGAUCUCGAGCUAGCGCGCUGCUUUCCGGUUGGAAACAGGCUGGAUCCCAAGGAGAUCCUUCGCCAAGAGACCUCUUCAUCCCAGCCUGCCUGGAGACAGGAGAGUUUGCCAGGCUGCAGGUGUCGGAGGCUGGCGUCUGGUGUGUGGACCAGGCCUCUGGGGAGGGCACCGUGCCCAGCACAAACGGCAGUGCCCAGUGCCUGGGCCUCUGCGACUCACUCCAGACCGGUGUCCUCUCCAGGAGAGUUGGUCCAGGCGACACCCUGGCCUGUGGGGCAGGGGACGGAGGCCUUUACCCUGUGCAGUGUGAUCCGGCCCAGGGCAGCUGCUGGUGUGUCCUGGGCAGCGGAGAGGAGGUGCCUGGGACCCGCGUGGCUGGGAGCCAGCCGGCCUGUGAGAGCCCGCAGUGCCCGCUGCCGUUCAAUGCAUCGGACGUGGCUGAUGGAGUGGUCCUGUGUGAGCGAGCCUCCGGCCCAGAAGGGGCUGCCGUCCAGCUGUGCCAGCUGCUGUGCCGCCAGGGCUCCCAGAGUGUGUUCCCAGCAGGGCCACUGGUGUGUAGCCCCGAGAGGAGACGCUGGCUGUCCCAACCGCCUCAUCCCCGGGCCUGCCAGCGGCUGCAGCUGUGGCAGGCCCUGCAGACCCAGGCACAGUUCCAGCUCCGGCUCCCGCCGGGCAAGAUGUGCAGUGCGGACUAUGCGGGCUUGCUGUUGGCGUUCCAGGUCUUCAUCCUAGAUGAGCUCACAGCCCGAGGCUUCUGCCAGAUCCAGGUGCCGACUUUCGGGACCCCCAUUUCCAUUCCCGUCUGCGACGACUCUGCGGUGAGGGUGGAAUGUCUGACCAGGGAGCGUUUAGGAGUGAACGUCACGUGGAAAUUGCGAUUGGAGGAUGUCCCAUCAGCCUCUCUGCCUGAUCUGCACGACGUUGAGGAAGCCUUAGUGGGCAAGGCUCUGGCUGGGCGCUUCGCAGACCUGAUCCAAAGUGGGAUGUUCCAGCUCCAUCUGGAUUCCAAGACGUUCCCCGCAGACACCUCCGUUCGCUUCCUCCAAGGGGACGGCUUUGGCACCUCUCCCAGGGCACAAUAUGGGUGCUUGGAAGGAUUCCACCUCCUCUCAGCCACCAGCAAUGCUACUCAGGACCCACUGGGGUGCGUCAAGUGCCCCGAAGGAAGCCAUUUUCAGGAGGAGCAGUGCGUUCCCUGUCCUGUGGGGUUCUACCAGGAGUGGGCGGGGAGCCUGACCUGUGUCCCAUGUCCCAGGGGCAGAACGACCGUUUUGGCCGGAGCUUUCCUUCAGACCCACUGUGUCACCGACUGUCAGAGGAAUGAGAUGGGCCUGCAGUGUGACCAAGAUGGCCAGUACCAAGCCAGUCAGAGGGACAGGGACAGUGGGAAGGCCUUCUGUGUGGACGACGAGGGGCGGAGGCUGCCGUGGUCAGAAACAGAGGCCCCGCUCACGGAUGCCCAGUGUCUGAUGAUGCAGAAAUUUGAGCAGGUUCCCGGAUCUAAGGUGAUGUUCAGUGCUGACGUGGCCACGGGCGUCAGGUCCAAGGUUCCUGGUUCUGAAUCCCCGCUGGCACAGUGCUUGGCAGACUGUGCUUCAGAUGAGUCCUGCAGCUUCCUCACGGUGUCCGUGGUGGGACCAGAUGUCACAUGUGACUUCUAUGCUUGGACCAGUGACAGCAUCGCCUGCACAGCUUCUGGUCAGCUGGAAGAUGCACUGGGGAACUCGCAGGCCACGGGCUUCGGCGGGCUCAGCUGCCGGGUGAAAGUGAGGCGCCAGGAUUGGGACUCGCUGGCUGUGUAUCUGAAGAAGGGCCAAGAAUUCACCACAAGGAGUCAGAAAAUCUUCGAACCAACUGGUUUCCAGAACACGCUCUCCGGAAUGUACAGCCCCGUGGUGUUCGCAGCCUCAGGGGCCAGUCUGACGGAGGCUCAUCUCUUCUGCUUUCUUGCAUGUGACCGUGACGCGUGCUGUGACGGCUUCAUCCUCACGCAAGUCCGCGAAGGUCCCAUCAUCUGUGGGCUGCUUGGCUCCCCCGACAUCCUGCUUUGCAACAUCAAAGACUGGAGGGACCCCUCCAAGGCCAAGGCGAAUGCCACCUGUCCUGGUGUGACAUAUGACCAGGGGAGCCGCCAGGUGAUGUUGCGUCUGGGAGGCCAGGAGUUCAAGAGUCUUUCGCCCCUGGAAGGGACUCGGGACUCCUGGACCAGUUUCCAGCAGGUUUACCUCUGGAAAGAUUCUGAUGUGGGGUCUCGGCCUGAGUCUGUGGGAUGUAGAAGGGACAUGGAACCAAGGUCAACAUCGCCAACAGAAACAGACGCGGCAGCAGAGCUCUUCGCGCCUGUGGACCUUAGCUCGGUUGCUGUCGGUGGGGACAGACCCCUGCCCAGCCAGCGGCACUGGCUUUUCAAACCCCCAUUUUCACCGCAGCAGGCAAACCUGUGGUGCCUGUCUCGCUGUGCCCAGGAGUCCUCUUUCUGCCGGCUGGCGGAGAUAAGGGACAGCGCCUCCUACUUCACCUGUACCCUCUACCCAGAGGCCCAGGAGUGUGACGACGUCCUGGAGUCAAGUCCCAUGGGCUGCAGACUCCUCCUGCCCCACCGGCCAAGUGCCCUGUUCCGGAAGAAAGUUGUGCUGCAAGAUAAAGUGAAGAAUUUUUACACCCGCCUGCCAUUCCGAAAGCUGACGGGGAUUUCCAUCCGAAACAAGGUGCCCAUGUCUGCCAAGCCCAUUUCCAAUGGGUUCUUCGAGUGUGAACGACUGUGUGACCUGGACCCCUGCUGCACUGGCUUUGGCUUUCUCAAUGUCUCCCAGUCAAAAGGUGGAGAGGUGACCUGCCUAACUCUGAACAGCUUGGGACUGCAGACCUGCAGUGAGGAAAACGGAGGCACCUGGCGCAUCUGGGACUGCGGCCCUCCCGACACCGAGGUCCGCACCUAUCCCUUCGGAUGGUACCAGAAGCCUGUUGCUCCAUAUGAUGCUCCCAGUUUUUGCCCUUCUGUGGUUCUGCCUUCCCCCGCAGAGAAAGUUGCCCUGGACUCGUGGCAGACCCUGGCCCUCUCUUCAGUAGCCAUUGACCCGUCCAUGAGGACCUUUGAUGUUGCCCACAUCAGCACGGCUGCCAUCAGUGACUUCUCUGCUGCCCGAGACCUCUGUUUGCUGGAGUGUUCCCGUCACCAAGCCUGCCUGGUCACCACUUUGCAGACCCGACCUGGUGCUCUGAGGUGUAUGUUCUACGCCGAUGCCCAGAUCUGCACACACAGCUUGCAGGCCCAGUACUGCCAACUUCUGCUCCGCGAAGAGGCCACCUACGUCUACCGGAAGCAGAACAUCUCUCUGCUCGGCUCUGGGGCAUCUGUACCUUCUGUGACCAUCGCCCCCCACGGCCAGCUGCUGGGCAGGUCCCAGGCCAUCCAGGUGGGCACUUCGUGGAAGCAAGUGGACCAGUUCCUGGGAGUGCCAUACGCUGCCCCACCCCUGGCAAAAAGCCGCUUCAAGCCACCAGAGCCCUUGAACUGGACAGGGUCCUGGGCUGCCACCCAGCCACAGGCCAGCUGCUGGCAGCCAGGAAUCAGAGCACCCACCUCAUCUGGAGUCAGCGAGGACUGCUUGUACCUCAACGUGUUUGUCCCUCAGAACACGGCCCCCAACGCAUCUGUACUGGUGUUCUUCCACAACACCGUGGAGAGUCGGGGUGGCAAGGGGGGCCUGGUCCUCGAUGGCUCCUUCCUGGCUGCUGUUGGCGACCUCAUCGUGGUUACUGCUGGCUACCGCGUGGGCGUCUUUGGCUUCCUGAGUUCUGGGUCCGAGGAGGUGAGUGGCAACUGGGGGCUGCUGGACCAGGUGGCGGCUCUGGCCUGGGUACAGACCUACAUCGGCGCGUUUGGCGGGGACCCCCGGCGCGUGGCUGUGGCAGCCGACCGCGGCGGAGCUGACAUCGCUGGCAUCCACCUCCUAAGCACCGGGGCUGGCAGCUCCGGAAGAGUCCGGAGAGCCGUGCUGAUGGGCGGCUCCCCGCUCUCCCCCGCCGCUGUCAUCAGCCAGGAGACGGCUCAGCGGCAGGCUGUUGCUUUGGCAAAGGAGGUCAGCUGCCCCACCUCGUCUACCCAGGAAAUGGCGUCCUGCCUCCGUCAGAAGCCCGCCGAUGUCCUCAAUGACGCCCAGACCAAGCUGCUGGCCGUGAGCGGCCCUUUCCACUACUGGGGUCCCGUGGUCGACGGCCAGUCCCUCCGAGAGGCUCCGGCCAGAGCACUGCAGAGGGCUCCGCAGGCGAAGGUCGAUCUGCUCAUUGGGAGCUCUCAGGACGACGGACUCAUCAGCAGAGCGAGGGCUGUGAAGCAAUUUGAGGAAAGUCAAGGCCGGACCAGUAGCAAAACAGCCUUUUACCAGGCGCUGCAGAACUCGCUGGGCGGGGAAGGCGGGGACCCCAGCGUGCGGGCUGCCGCCACCUGGUAUUACUCCCUGGAGCACUCCGCUGACGACUACGCCUCCUUCUCCCGGGCCCUGGAGAAUGCCACCCGGGACUACUUCAUCACCUGCCCCGUGAUCGACAUGGCCAGCCUCUGGGCAAGGACGGCCCGAGGGAACGUCUUCAUGUACCACGCCCCCGAAAGCUACGGCCGUGACAGCCUGGAACCGCUGGCUGACGUUCAGUACGCCUUCGGACUGCCCUUUCACCCUGCCUACGAGGGGCAGUUUACCCGGGAGGAGAAGGCCACGUCCCUGAAGGUCAUGCAGUACUUUUCCAACUUCGUCCGAUCCGGAAAUCCCAACUACCCUCACGAGUUCUCGAGGAAAGCGCCUGAGUUUGCAGUCCCCUGGCCUGACUUUGUCCCUGGUGCCGACGGCGAGAACUACAAGGAGUUCAGUGCCCUGCUCCCCAAUCGCCGGGGCCUGAAAAGGGCCGACUGCUCGUUCUGGUCCAAGUACAUCAGGUCCCUGAAGGCACCUGCAGAUGAAGCCAAGGAUGGGCUGGCCACACGCGGUGAAGAGGAGGGGCAGCCGGCCGGCUCUGGCCUGAGAGAAGACCUCCUGGACCUCCCAGCUCCAGGCUCCCAGAGCUACAGCAAGUGACCGGCCCCUGACGCCCCCACCCACCCCACCGACCCCCCACCAGCCUGCCACCCUUGGCACCUCCUUGUCUAA